CAGUUUCACAAGGCUCAAUAGACAGCGUAUGUACUUUAGUGCAAUAUUGACUGGUCAUUGGUGCAUCCUGGUAUUUGUGAUAAUUCCUAAUAAAUACGACGAUAAUACGCCAAAACUCCUAUUCCACAGCCCCCAGACCCCUGUCAUAUGCUCAGUUUCACACACUUUUCAGCUUCCCUACAGACGAGAACCAAGGUUGACGUGUACGGACUUGGUGUUGCUGUACGCCUCGAGGCCAGCCUCACCGAGCUCACGGCCAAUACCGCUCUGCUUAACACCGCCGAAGGGGAUGUAGGGCUCGCUGUCUUGUGUGCUGUUGAUCCAGACCAUACCGGCCUCGAUCUCAGCAGCAACGCGGUGCGCACGCUCGACGUCCUUGGUGAAGACAGCGGCGCCGAGACCGUAUGUAGAGUCGUUGGCGAGCUUGAGAGCUUCCUCUUCGCUGCUGAACUUGGUGAUGACAACGACAGGGCCGAAAAUCUCCUCGCGGAAGACUCGCAUUUGGUGGUGCACGUCACCGAAGACGGUGGGCUGGACGAAGAAACCCUUCUUUGAGGCAUCGACAGGCUGGCCACCAGCGAGCAGAGUAGCGCCUUCAGACUUUCCAAUCUUGAUAUACUCAAGAAUACGGUCGUACUGCUGUCGAGAGACUUGGGGACCCUGAUAGGUCUCGGAAUCCCAUUGGUGGCCGACCUUGCUGACAGUCUUGGUGGUCUCGAUGAAUCUCUGGACAAACUCGUCGUAGACCUUAUCCUGAACUAAUAGGCGAGAAGUAGCUGUGCAGAUCUGGCCCUGGUUGGACAUGAUGCCCAUGUGUGACCACUUGACAGCUUCAUCAAGGUCACAGUCGGAGAAGACCAAGAGAGGCGACUUGCCACCCGUCUCGAGGGUAAUGUUCUUGAGGGUCUUGGAGGCCAUCUCCAUGAUCUUAGCACCCGUAGCGGUUGAGCCAGUGAAGGCAACCUUCUCAACAAGAGGAUGCUGAACAAGAGGAGGACCAGCCUCGCCACCGUAACCGUUAAGAGCAUUGAAAACACCAGGAGGGAAUCCAACGUCCUUGAAAGCCUGGCCAAGGAGAAGGAUGCUGAGAGGUGUUUGCUCAGCGGCCUUCAUAACGAUGGUGUUACCGCAUGCUAGCGCGGGACCGAUCUUCCAGGCGGCCAUGGCUAGAGGGUAGUUCCAGGGAAUGAUCUGAGCAACCACACCGAGAGGUUGGCGGAGAGUGUAUGCGAGCUUGUUGGGGUUGGCGGUGAUUGUUUGUCCGGUGAUCUUGUCGGCCCAGCCAGCGUAGUAGCGGAUAGUGUUGAUGACCUCGACAACGUCGCCGCCCUCAGCAUCGGCAUAAAUCUUACCUAUCAUUGUGUCAGUGAUUCGUAUAUCAAGCAUUUGGCGGGGCUAUCUUACCAUUGUCCCAGGCCUCAGAGGUAGCGAACAUCUGUGUGCGCUCCUCGAUGUAGUCGGCGAGCUUGUUCAUAAGUGCGCCUCGCUGAGGAGGGGGCAUCUUCUUCCAUGAGGGCGCAUGGAAUGCGGCGUGGGCGGCCUUCACAGCCUUAUCGACAUCGUCGGCGCUAGCUGCAUGAACUGUGGCGAUUUCCUUCUCGGUACUGGAACAUAUCAUAUUAGUUGGAGUUUGGAUAACCGGCGAGAUGCGAACUCACGCAGGGUCGAUUGAUGUAAUCGUUUGCUUCGAGGAGCCAGGAACAAACUCGUUGUUAAUGAAGAGACCAGUCGGCUGCUUAUACUUGACGCCGUUGGGGGCCUCGAGGUUGACGAACAGGUCCGACAUGUUGCUGAAGCGUUUCUGUGUAGUUGUGAUAGAUCGGCGGCCAAGAGGAGAUGGUGAGAGUCGAUACGGCGAUUGUGGUGAAGGUCGAAAUAGAGAAGGGUACACUGAACGACAGAAACAGAAACCAACGAGUGGAAGUCUCGAUAAAAGGGCAGCGCCCAUCUUCUUAUAGCUCCUCAGAGACAUGGCUUGAGAGGGGUAGCUCGGGGUCCAAUCCAACCAAACACCUCCGUCUUGAGUCUAGCUACCUAAGUACGUAUGUACUGUACAGUAUCUGUCUGUAUCUGGAGCCUAAGUUAUCACCUGCAUCCCCCGCAAUCAAUGGCUUCGAGAAUUACUCUCUUGAGCAAUUGAUAAGCUCCAGAAGCUCUCGUAAAUGUGCAACUUUUUGCCUCGUUUGGGUAAAGGUCAUGUACGCCGCCGGCGGAUGAUUGAAGGGCCAGCAAUUGGAGGUUGGAGAACUGUGGUUCAACGUCAUGAAAUCGCUUAGACCUUACUGAUUGAGCUUAGCUGGACUGUUGCCCAGAUCAGGUAAAAAGACACGAAGCGAGGCGAGCGAUCAUGACAGCUCUUAUCGAUAACAGCUACCCCGAGGUACCGGUAUGAAGAGUCAAUUGACUUCGGUGGUGAGCUCUCUGCUCUGCAAGGACGUUCGUUGUAAGCGCUUUUCUGAUGAUGGAUGGUCGGUUGGCUUACUUCACUACCUUAUUCUGCCAGUUCCAUUAACCGCCCAAGACCCUAUUUGUUCCAUGCUGCGAGUAUCGAUCAGUGGUUCGUACAAUGCCUUCUCGCCAACUCAUGGACCGGCAUCAUUCCCGGACCGCAUAACUCACCAUAUACGGUAUAGUUAGUGGCUGCCUGUCAAGUUGAAGCUCGCAUGGAUGUUAAUCGAGAGAAUCUUCGCGUCAGUCUCGACAAUAUAUUAAAAAGAAAUAUUGCUCUAAAGAAUAAAUUCCUUUCCAACAAUACAUCCUGACAUAUCACCUCAUCCUGUUGAUGCCAACACCACCUUUCCAUUGUCGACUUUAGCCGCCAUCAUCAUCGAAUCCAAUGUCUCCGAUCAAAGUCUCCGACAUGUGAGAUCAGAUCCUGAUCAUUCAAGAGCUUAUUUAUCAGAAACUACCCCUCUUCAGGUCAAUUCCAAGAUGAUCUCCAAUCAACCCCUCUAUCGCUUCGUCAGCAGAAAAGCUUGGCCCUCCAAUACCAACAGAGCCGCUUGGAUAUGGCCUCAUAUCAGUGCAUCCGUAUUUGCAAACUCCGCCAGCUUUGGUCCGCCCUGGUCCGUCAUUCGUCCGUGAAUACGAUUGCGGAAUGACAUUUCAUCCCUUUCUUACAGCAACAAAGAACCACUGAGGACUUAUCCGCGGAUAAGAAACGAGGCACGCAAAUGAUGUGACUGGCGGGUCAUCAUACUCGACUUUGUUCUUGGUAUGCCUAGGAUCCGUGGCCAAACCAAUUCCCACAGGAUCAUCACCUCUAGCCUCUACACUACAUCUUUAUGUGUUUAGGCGCUUUGAUAGGACUGGUAUUGCCAGAUUCUCCCAGCAGAAUGCUGACAGGUGAGAUAAGAUGAGCCAACAAACGAGGGCUAAAUCCGAGACUCUUGGUGUCUUGCAGUUCCUGAUGCAGCAUCAUUUUCCCUAUGAGUCUUAACUCCGGGGCCACCGAAGGGUCGUUGGACUUUGUCUUACUGUCCACUCCGCGUAUUCAAGCUUGGCUGUGCUUCUUAGCUGGUGAACUUGAGUUGGCGAUCGUAUAUUACGUCUCAUUUGGCUAAUUAGGCACUUAUUCGUUUCCUUUUCGGUCAAGUGAGUCAUUAAAUUGCCAUGCUCUGGCCCUCUCGUGCGUGCAAAGUCGUCCAUCUCAGUGCUGAGCUGGUGUUGUUUUAAACAUGAAGAUUAUAUUAUAUUACGCCAAGCGUUAUGCGGGACCACUAUGAUGUUAUCUGGCUUCGGGCCAAGUCUCCGUGUAAGCGAUUCCCAACAGGACGGAUAACCUAGAUAGAUCCUGGACAAGAUAUCGACUUACACCGAAUCUUCUCAUACCUAGCGAAGAAUAACAACAACACGUGGCAUAGGAUGGCUCUGUUAUGACAACCUAUCCUCCUUUGAGAUUGCUUACUUAGAAACAGCCUCUUUUAUCCACCUGUUCGGCCCAAUAUUGUCACAGAUGGUUUCAAGUUCCAUCAACGCCACAAACAUGCAGCUCAUUUUCGGCACAAUAACGCUCCAUGAGCUAAAACAUCGUGCAUUUCAGAAUGAGUAUGAGCAAGACCCCGUCAUUAAGGCUCACUCAGAUGUCCGCAGGUCAUUGUUAGCGUCGGAGCCUUGGCUGGUUCAGGCCCAAUUCGGCUUACGAGAUAUCAUCAUGGAGGGUGUAGGCGCGGACAUGUGGUGGAGUCCGCCACUCCGCAGCCUCUUUACUGGCUGGCUGCUUUGUCUUAUGCCCGGCCGUUAUGCUGACAGCCCAUACUAUGCGCAGCGCUGUGAUGCGAUAUCGUUAUGCUUGGGGCGGAUUUUGUGCAGGGCCUUGACCUUAACUCCUAGAACCAGGAAAGUCAGACAGUUAGUGAGAUGAGAUUAUCUCAUUGUUCUCGUGGGUUAUAAAGAUAGUCGUAUCUCGCUGUCAACCAAAAUGUGUCAGUCUUCCAGAGUAUUGAGACCAGCUCUCGAGCACUUAUACAAUAACUGCCCCCUUUCCUCAGGGUCAGAAACUUCCAUAUAAGCUUAAUUCAACCCUAUCUACAGACUCAAGCUUAGAGGUAAACGAUAAUCAGACACUAUGUCUGCCGAACCAAAAAGUCUCGAGGUCCCUGUGACCACGGAUCGUCCCGAGUCUACAACUUCAACACUUCGAGGAGAGGAUGUUCAGGAGAAGAAGGAGGAGAAACAAGAUGAAGAUAUUGAGGCCGGCACUGUCUCAGGUAACAACGACAGUGAUGAGGUUGACGAAGAUGAAUAUCCUACCGGCAUCAAUAUGUUCUUCAUUGUUCUUGCUCUUGUCAUGGCAGUAUUUCUCUUCUCCCUUGACUUGACUAUUGUGGCAACGGCUAUUCCCAAGAUCACCGAUGAGUUCAAGGGUCUUGACAAGGUCGGAUGGUAUGGUGCUGCUUUUUUCAUGACUGUCGGUGCUUUCCAGUCAACUUGGGGUAAAAUCUACAAAUAUUUCCCGCUGAAGACAUCCUUCAUCGUCGCUAUUCUCAUCUUCGAGCUUGGCUCUGUCAUCUGCGGUGCCGCUCCCAAUGCCGAAGCCCUCAUCACUGGUCGAGCCAUCGCCGGCGUUGGUGGUGCUGGUCUAGGCGCUGGCGCUUACACCAUCAUCGGUUUCUCUGCUCCUCCUAAGAAGCGGCCUGCUUUCACUGGUAUCAUUGGUGCCGCCUACGGUAUCGCCAGUGUGAUCGGGCCUCUCCUUGGUGGUGCCUUUACUGAUCAUGUCUCUUGGCGAUGGUGUUUCUACAUCAAUCUCCCCAUCGGAGGACUCUCUGCCGGCAUCAUCUUCUUGUUCUUCAAGACUCCCCGUGCUGCUAUUCCCGUCAAGGCUCCUCUUCUUGAGAAGUUUCUUCAGAUGGACCCCCUUGGAAUUGUUCUGAUGAUGGGCCUCACCAUCUCAUACAUCCUCGCUGUUCAGUACGGUGGACAGGCUCACGCUUGGGACUCCUCUGUAGUCAUCGGUCUGCUCGUUGGAUGGGUCGCCAUCUCUAUUGUCUGGGCGAUCUCCUGUUAUGUUCAAGGCGAGCGAUCCAUGAUUCCUGUCCGCAUCCUCAAGAACCGCACCGUGUGGGUUAUGAGCGCCUUUGCUUUCAUCUUUGCCGGUUCUUUCUUCCUCGCCAUCUACUACAUCCCCAUCUACUUCCAGUCUGUCCACAACGCUUCUCCUACGAGCAGUGGUGUUCGCAACUUGCCUCUUAUUCUCGCGGUCACUUUCGCCACUAUUAUCAGUGGGGGUCUUGUCACCGCUACUGGCUUCUACCAGCCUCUCCUCAUCGGCGGUGCUGCCCUCGCUACGGUUGGUGCUGGUCUCUUGUACCUCCUCGACGUUGACACCUCUACUGGAAAGUGGAUUGGCUACCAAAUCAUUGCUGGUGUCGGCUGGGGUGUUGCCUUCCAGAUUCCCAUGAUUGCUGUCCAGGGUACUGUUGACCCUAAAGAUCUUGCUUCUGCUACUGGUAUUCUUCUAUUCUUCCAGGGACUUGGAGGUGCCUAUGUCGUCUCUGCAGGACAGGCUGCCUUCGUCAACCAAAUGCUCCUCAACAUUGGCGAGAAUGCUCCUCAGAUCAGCAAGGGACGCUUGAUUCUCACUGGAGCUACCGCUCUUCGUGAAUCCUUCAAUUCUCAGGAACUUCCUAUCGUCAUUGACGGUUACAUGAAGGGCUUGCAUAUCGUCUUCGCCAUGGCUAUUGCUUUUACAGGCUUCUCAUUCCUGAUCAGCUUGCUCACUCGCUGGAACAAGCUCAAGCUUGAAAACCUCACUGGCGGGGCCGCUUAGAAUUCCAAUCCUUUUCAAGUAUAUUGAGGAUAUAAGCUUGAGAAGACCGCCUUACAGGUCUUGAUUGAUAAUGAACAUCCAAGUUGAGCCUUGGGUUUCAACUCAUAGAAUGGUGACCAGGUUACGGUCGGAGCAAAGACAAUCUCCUAUUUUAGACGUUUCAAUGAAUACAAA